GCAGCUUCUUCUUCUUGUACUUAUCGCCGGAGCAUUAGAGCUUUCAUUAUUUCGAUCUGAGGCAGGGCGCCGCCGAGACGGGAAAACGGGGAGGUUCGGGACAAUUUACGGAAUCACGGAACUCCUCGACAAACCCUAGAUUUUCGUUGACUCGCUUCUUCUUCAUUUAUACGGGGUUUAAGUUAUCGGCCUCCGAUUCCGUUGCGUCAACCCUCCCCAAGUAGAUGGAUAUCCUUAAUAAGCUCAAGAAUCUUGACGCCUAUCCUAAGAUCAAGGAUGAUUUCUAUGACAGGACCCGCUCCGGAGGUCUAAUCACCGUCAUCUCUUCCAUCAUCAUACUUCUCCUUUUCAUAUCGGAAAUUAGAUUAUAUAUUUAUUCAGCAACCGAGACAAAGCUGAUAGUUGAUACAUCAAGAGGGGAAAAGCUUCGUGUCAAUUUUGAUGUAACGUUUCCGCAUCUUGCUUGUGCACUUGUCAGCGUUGACACAAUGGAUGUCAGUGGGGAGCAGCAUUAUGAUAUAACACAUGAUAUAGUGAAAACGAGAAUUGAUCAUACUGGUAAUGUGAUUGGAUCAAGGCAGGAUGGUGUUGGUGCCCCAAAGAUUGAAAGACCUUUGCAGAGGCAUGGUGGAAGGCUUGAGCAUGGCGAGAGCUACUGUGGUUCAUGUUUCGGUGCAGAGAAGUCAGAUGAUCAUUGCUGUAAUUCAUGCGAAGAAGUUCAGGAGGCAUAUAGAAAUAGAGGUUGGGCUCUGACAAAUAUGGAUCUGAUUGAUCAGUGCAAGAGAGAGGGUUUUGUCCAAAAGAUUAAAGAGGAAACGGGUGAAGGAUGCAACAUCAAGGGCUUCUUGGAAGUUAAUAAAGUAGCUGGAAACUUCCACUUUGCUUGUGGAAAGAGCUUUCACCACCCUAACCUUUUUGUGCCAGAGAUAUUGGACUUGCAACUAGGAAGCUUCAAUAUCAGCCACAGAAUAAAUCACCUUUCAUUUGGAAAGAAAUUCCCAGGUGUUGUAAACCCACUUGACGGCGCCCAGUGGAAAGAGCCAGGGUUGUCCGGGAUAUAUCAAUAUUUCAUCAAAGUCGUCCCAACAAUUUACACAGACAUUAGAGGACGGAAGAUUCACUCAAACCAGUUUUCGGUGACAGAGCAUUAUAGAGAUGGAAAUGUUUUACUAAAAUCUCCAUCUGGGAUAUACUUCUUUUAUGACUUCUCUCCUAUUAAGGUUAUCUUCACGGAGGAAAACAAAUCCUUGUUGCACUUUUUGACAAGCAUCUGUGCUAUAAUUGGAGGAGUUUUCACCGUAGCUGGUAUUCUAGAUUCUUUCAUCUAUCACGGCCAACGGGCAAUUAAGAAGAAACAAGAGCUUGGAAAGUACAGGUGAUCUUCACAUUCAUUUGAAAAGCAGCAGCAGCAGCAGCAGCAACAAAAGGUGAUGAUUAUUUAUUUUGUAACUCUUAAUACCGCAAAUUGCUUUCUUAAAAAUGGAUAGGAUGCCUUCAUCUUUUGACCUUCGAAUUAGUUUUUCAAUAUCCAUGCGUUGUUAAUUUAGAUUUUUCUUUAUACUUUUGAUUCAUCUUCUUCUGAGUUAUUUACAAUGAUGAAUAUAAAGCUCCCAGAAAGCAGAAGCUCUACAUUAGGCUUUGUUCGGAAUGAUUUUUGUAUUGCUUCUUAAAACAGUUUAUUAGUAUAAUUUUUGAAUUAAAAAACUGCUUUUAGAAACAGUGAGAAAGCAAUCCCAAGCGAAGCUGGCUUCUGUAAUCUGGGUUCUAUGGUGGUUUUGUAAGUUGAACCGUUGAAGCAUGUAUUGACAUUUUAUAAUACCAAAAUAUGUAGUGUUCAGAACAUGA